AUGUCUUUCAAAGACACAUUCACCAAGGAUGAUCAGAAGGAAGGCCUUCUUGGAUAUGACGACACGGCAUUCUACUACUUUUUCAGCAGUGUGCUGGUAACCGUGGCCGUGCCGUGGACAUGCUCAGUCAUCUACAAUUUUCUUUUUCCUGGUCAAGCCCAAGUAGAAAAGGAUUUUCCGACAAAAAGUAAGUCUGGAAGUAAAUACCAUUACUGUCAAAGCUCGCAGAUGGUGGACAAAAUAGACAAGGCUCGCCAAAAGGCGAAGAGGAUAAGUGCAGGAUCCUCGCUGACCAUGAGCAUCAAGCUAUCGUUAUUGGCCGGCAUUUGGUUGACCAUAUACUUGAUCCACCUGCAUAUUGGUGAUGCGAAGGAGAUCAAGAGGUUCGACCCAUUUGAGAUUCUGGAAGUCAGUCCUGGCGCAUCCGCGCCGGAAGUAAAGAAGGCAUACCGGGCGCUCUCCCUGAAAUACCAUCCAGACAAGAAUCCGGACGAUCCGCUAGCUGCUUCCCGAUUCAUGCAGAUCACAAAGGCGCACAAUGCGCUGACGGAUGAGACAGCCAAAGCCAACUACGAGAAGUACGGCAACCCCGAUGGCCCUCAGACGUCGAAGGUUGGCAUCGGUUUGCCUCGCUUCCUCUUGGAGAAAGAGAACCACCUGAUGAUCCUCUGCCUGUUCUUCUUCUUGCUGCUGUUCGUUGUUCCUAUGGCUUUCAUUUGCUAUUACCAGAGGACAAAGAACUAUGCUGCCAAUGGGGUCAUGAUCGAGACCCUGCAGUUCAUGGGGUAUUACAUCAAUGAGGCCACACGCCUGAAAAAUUGCCCCGAGCUUCUGGCAGCUUCAGCAGAGAGCAGGGGGAUGGCCUUGAGGCCUGCUGACAAUGCAGAAAUGAAAGCGCUGUCAGCGCAGGUCGUCGAGCACAAGAAGCGUCAGUUCACGGCUCCCAUCAUCAUCAAGAACAACUUCUUGCUUCUUGGCCACAUGCAGCGGCUUCACCACCUCAUGUCAGACGACCUCAGGGCAGAUCUUGAUGAGAUGCUCAGGCACUCACAGAAGAUCACGCAGGCGAUGAUCGAGAUCGCCUGCAUGCGCGAGUGGUUUUUUACUGCUCAAGCCAUGAUCGAGUUCCGACGCAGCCUCAUACAGGCCCUUGACGUCAAAAGCUCACAGCUCCUGCAGAUUCCUCACUUCAAUGAGGAGAUCUUGAAGCAUUGUCUGAAGGGCAAGAAUGCUACCUCCACGCUGUUGGACUACCUGCAGAAAGACCGUGACCAGAGAAAGGGGCUCACUACCAUGUCGCCUGACCAAGUGGCCGAUGUGGAGGCAUUCACUGCCCACGUCAGCAACAUGGAGCUGAAGGCAAUAACAGAGGUGGAGGAUGAGAAGGAUAUGGUCGUUGGUGACAUUGCGACCGUCACUUGUCAGCUCACGCGGAAAAAUCUGCAAGAGGGUGAGGCAAUGGGCCCAGUUCAUGCCCCAUUCUUCCCUGAGCCAAAGUUCGAAGAAUGGUGGAUCUUCCUGGUGGAAGGAGCUCCCAACACCAGAAUCAUGGGAUUUGAGCGAAUCCGAGACACAGACAGAGUGGUGGAAGCCAAGCUUCGCUUUCAGGUGUCUAGACCAGGCAAGCACAGUCUCACGGUGCAUGCACUUUGCGACUCCUACGUGGGUAUCGACCAGAAGGUUGAUCUGAACUUCCAUGUGCACACGGAGGAAGAGGUGAAGCGCGAGAUCUUUGUUCAUCCUGAGGAUGAGGAUCUUGAUUUGCAGCCAACUCUCUUUCAGCAGUUCAUGGGCGAGCUUGGGGGUGAUGAGGAGAGCGAGGAAGAAGAAGACGAUGACAAGAACAAGAGCAAGAGCAAAGUUGAAAAACUUAGUGAUGGCAAGCAGCAGAAGGCCGACAGCGAUAAUGAAGACGACAAAAAGGAUAGCGAUUCCAGCGGUAGCGAUUCUGAUGGCGACUAG